AUGGUAAUUACCGUGACGACUACUGCUCUUGCUCCUGCUGAGAGGUAUUACACGGCGCACACAUACCUCCUGCCUUCGGACGAGGAAGAACGACUGAGGCAAGGGGUCUGGCAGCUGUACAGACAGCAUAAAAUGCUGAAAACUGAUCUUGCAUGGGAAAGCAUUCCUUCUGAUCUUCACCUUAAGACUGGCGACAAGAUACUCGAUGCUGGCACUGGGUCGGGUACUUGGGCCAUCGACAUGGCAAACUCCGUUCCUGAGGGGGUGGAAAUUACAGGUAUCGACAUCGAAAAAAAGCUCUUUCCUUCCCCGGUGCCGAAUGCGCGGUUCCUCGUUCAAUCGAGCCUGGACCUUCCCAAGGAGUGGUCCUCGACAUUCUCCCUGAUCCAUCAACGAUUGAUGGUAUGCGCGUUUACAGAGGAUGCCUGGAAUACCAAUAUUGCUGGUUUUUAUCGCUGCCUGAAACCUGGCGGCCAGAUUCAAUUACUCGAGAUUGACAUAUUGCGAGUCAUGUCCGACCACCUGCCUACACCCCCAUUGACGACACAAUGGAUGAAAGCUCUUCAUGCACUAUGCAAGGCGAGAAAUAUUGGGCCGCAUGCUAUCGUGGAUGUACCCGAUAUCCUCAAGAAGGUCGGAUUCGAGGAUACUCAAACCCGGAAGCAGCCCAUGUAUCAAAAUGGCGAAGCAGGGAAAGCGGCGAGGUAUGCCUCCUUGGGAUCACAGCGUGCACUGAAAGUCCCUUUCCUGAAAGCAGGAGGGUUUGGUAUCGCCCAGACUCCUGCGGAAUUCGAUACCUUCAUGGAUCAGAUGGAGGAAGAGUGGGCAACAUAUGAGUUCGCGUGGUUAUGGAUUGGCUGGACCGCCAAGAAGCCCGUGUACUAG